AUCAACCUUUUCCACAAAUAAAUUUUUCAACCUCAAUGCAGCAUACCAAAUCAUUUAUAAAAGUUGAUGGCACCAGAUUUAUUCUAGACAAUAAACCGCAUUAUGUGGUUGGGGCGAACUAUUGGCAAGCUAUGAACCUUGGAAUGGAAAGUGGGAAUAGAUCAAGAGUAUUAAAGGAUCUAGAAACUUUAAAAGAGAACGGGAUUAAUAGUUUGAGAAUUAUGGCUGCAAGUGAAGGUCCUCCAGGUGAACCUUAUAGAAUGUAUCCAGCUUUGAUGAAUGCACCGGGAGAAUAUGAUGAAAGUGUUUUUCAAGGACUUGAUUGGUUUCUGGACCAAUUGAAAAACUAUGACAUGACUGCGAUUAUGACCCUAUCAAACUUUUGGCAUUGGUCUGGUGGAUUCGCACAAUAUGUUAAUUGGGUUGACAAUUCAGGGAAAAUACCAUAUCCUGAAGUAGGUGGAUUCUCUUUUGAUUCUUACUCCGCCAGAUUUUAUACGGAUUCGGAGAUUAAAGAUACGUGUCAAAAGUAUUAUCGGGAUCACAUAAAAACUGUUAUAAAUCGGAAAAAUACUGUUAAUGGCAUGGUAUAUAAAGAUGAUCCUACAAUAUUUGCCUGGGAAUUGGCAAAUGAGCCACAAGCUGUUUACUCUUCGAAUGCGCAUGACGUAGUUUUUCAAUGGUUCGAUAAAACUUCAAAGUUCAUUAAAUCAUUGGACAAAAAUCAUUUAGUGACUACAGGAACCGAAGGAAAACAUGGAAAAGAUUGGUUUAUUACUAUGCAUAAGAGUGAUAAUUUUACUAGCGUACAUGUAUGGGUUGAAAACUGGGGACACUAUAGUUCAGGUGAUCCGAGCCCGGAAAAUUAUCAAAGAGCUGUAAAUUUUAUGCGUAAUUUUCUGCAAGAGACUAGUGAUUGGUCAACUAAAAUCUUAAAGAAACCUGUUUUACUAGGGGAAUAUGGAAUGGCGCGUGAUGGUUGGACCGAUAUCUCAAAGUAUGAUCCAAAAGCACCUGUAACUAACAGAGAUAAAUAUUUCACUGAAGUAGCAAAGAAAAUAUUUGAAUUGGAAAAACAACAUGCACAAACGGGGCUUAUGUUUUGGGCAUACUCUGGAAUUGGGCGUCCUAGUGAUUCAAAACCUACGUGGGUCGGUGAUCCACCUCAUGAGG